UCGGUAGCUCCUCCCUUUAAGGUGGUCGACUCUCUUGCGUUUGAUUCCAGUCACCUGUUCAGUCGAUGCGAUAACGAUUAUUCAUUAAAGUACAUCGCGAUGUGAGCUUUUUCUUUGAUACACAUGGAGGAACUUACACAGAGAGCUGACGACCAUCCCGGACUUUCGUCCUUUGUCUCUUUCUUCUCUCGCACAUUUACUGACUGUGUGGAUUCGUUCAACACCUGUUUCUCCUCUGAUGCAGACAAACGCUGCGUCCUCCUCGGUCUGUGCCUCUCAUCGGUGGCCGCUCUUCUGCUGUCAUGUUUAGUCCUAAUGCAGUGGAGAUGCCGGAGUGGAGGAACUCCAGGAGAAAGCUGCGUGUUCUCCUACUGCUUCCUCGGUGACCUGUGCAGCACCGUUGGUGCCAUUUUGUCGAAACAACUUUAUAUGCAAGUUUUGAUGGGCGUUAUUGCGGGUGUUUUGGAUGCUGUCAAUGUCUUGUCCUGCUACUUUUCAGUUUGCCGGAACUCAAAGAAAACACUGAGGGUGAGAAUGAUGAGGAGGCGCAGGAGACAGCACCUCCUUGCAGUGUGUGUACUGAUGGUGGUCGCAGGUGGGUUUUUGAAAUCUUUGGUCAAACCAUCAGACACCCUUCACAGUGGACGGCGACUGCUCUAUGCUGCUCUACAAGACCAAACUGAAGUGCUGGGUUACGUUCUUGGCCUGAUCUCGUUUGUCAUCGUCUGCACCGCCAGGUUCCCUGCCCUCUGCAGAACUGAAGGGGAGAAGUUGACCAAGGCCGACUGCAUCUCCAGGCUGCUUUGCUCACUGGCUGGUUCCCUCUAUUCUGCUGCAAUCCUCCUCUAUGACACUCCACAGAGUGGAUUUCUUCUGAGAGUCAUGCCAUGGCUGUUGUCGGCAAUAUGUUCUAGCAUCCUGGAUGUUCUUAUUGUAGUCUUCCACUUCUGCAGGAGAGAAACCAGGCAGGAACCUGUGAGAUUUUCCUCGGACACACGGAGACUUUUAGGCAGCUGUGACGUUCCUGCCGUGGAUAAUUAUUUCAUGAACAUCACGAAAGGAAAAGGAAAGUCUAGAGCUGAAACAAAGGAAAAAAAGUUGGCUAAAAUGACUGAAAUGGGCCAAUACAUAGACGUCACUCUACACCCUGUAUGCUGUCUACACGAGGUGUCCUUGUCCCAGGAGGAGGCGGAGGACAAGCCCCGUGAUGGGACAACAUCAGUGAUGACAGUUAACAACUCCUACUAUUCAGAUCUCUCCAGCGACUCUUCCUCAGUCAGUACAGAUCUAGAGGACAUUGUGGUUCAGGUACAGCAGGAACACUGGUGCGGAGAGAACUUCAUCAGCACAAAGAAGGAAUCUGAGUGUGUCUGUUACAACAAACAUACUGUAACACAAAGAUAAGGAUAAACUACUGGGAUUUCGAAGAAGCCAACGGUAAAUGGAGAGAACUAAGCACAACAACACGGGGGGAAUUUGUUCCACAUCAGGCAGCGUCUAAUCCUGGAGACAUGUGACACAUGUGCCUGUAUGAAAAGUACCAGAAACACGUAUUGGUCACUAAUGUAAAAGGCAAUAAAAUCUGAAAAGAUUAACCUUUAAUUUGUCUGUUUUUAUAGUUGAUUUAAACAUGUUUGAAUCAAUUUUGGGUGAAAUCAGCCUCUGUCCUUUUCCCUGUAAGUAAAGGUUCAUGUAAAU